CUCCGCCUGUCCGCCAGGCCCAGCAGUCGAAACUGGCUGCACCAUCAACAAUUUGGUCCAUCCAUCCACCCAGCCACUCUUCUCUCUUUCAUCACACCCUGCCCAACAUCCACGCUUGCGCGGCCUGUGCGCAAUGGGCAUAUAAGCAUACAUUCCCCUGGUCGAAAGACUAGGGGACAUUCUUGGCCCUCUCGACAAUCACCUUCUUCCCUUUCCGACCCGACACCCCCUCACGGGACGUAGCGGUCGGCCUACGACUGUCCUUUUAUUCAACCAAUCCAAAACAAAACAUCUAUACCGACGGCCAGUCGCUACACGAACUUCAGGGACGAGGGUCAAACAUUGGUUGCUAGGUGACCACCAGUGCCCCUCGCUCUUAUCAGAUCCCGACCCGGCCACGCCAGUCACAACGAAAUCAGUCGCCCAUCUGGAACAGAUCCAUUGCUAUUAGAAGGAAAGGAAAGAAGAGAAUAGGGAGAUUGGAGAGAUCGAAUAGACAAGCGACACUAUGUGAGUAAUCCCCGGUCUAGCUCGGUUUCGAGGUGGUCUGUGCGAGCACGGACUGUGCGCUGUGCCUCCAUAUCCUCCUUAUCCCAUCACGAUAUCCCAUCCCUCUUUCUCUUUCGCAUCUAUCAGAUCCCACCCCCGCGCCACCACCAGCACUGCUGUGCUAUCUAUCCCCACACCCUCUUGUGUGUGUAUCUUCGAGACCGCGUCGGCUUCCAUUCUUUUCAUCUCACUACUAUACUUUGCGCAACCUCUCAGUCAAGAGCACCACACCCACAGAGCCCGAGGUUGACCCUUGUCCUCACAGCUCUCCCUUACCUCACGUCGCUCCCUCAACUAUUCCCACGCAGUUAGCCCCCUCCCAUCAUGUUGGCCGCUCGCCGCCAAUCUAUGGCCUCUCCAGGGCCCCUUUCACCUUCUAGUCUCCCCCGCCCUCACUCUUCUACUGGCCACCAUAACUACGGCCAACCUCGUACUAGACUAAGCAGUGACGCAGCCAGCGUUGCUGCUGCUGCACUGAGUGACGUUCCAGAGACCCGUAAUGUUAAAGUCGUGCUCCGAGUACGACCCUCGUAUCCCGAUGACGCCUCCAUCCCCGCCAGAUACCGUUCUGUGUUGGUUCAUCCCACAUCAGAGACUGAGAUUCGCGUAGACGUCGACCCCGCGACUCUGGCGGGUCACGCUGGGACAGUCGGUUCCAGCAAGAAACACCCGACAUUUACGUUCGACAAUGUGCUGGGAGAGGACUCUGCGCAAACAGAUUUGUACGAUGUCACAGCAGGCGAGAAUGUCGAUGAGUUCAUGAAAGGACACAACGUGACCUUCUUAGCGUACGGCCAGACAAGCUCAGGCAAGUCCUACUCUAUGGGCACGACGGGCGAGGAUACAGAUUAUUCGGGAACGGAUUUCACACCCCGUACGGGUCUGAUUCCGCGUACUGUGCAAAUUAUCCUGGAGCGUGCCGAGGAAAGCAAACAACAAGCUGGUCCAGGUGCUUCCUGGGAAGCCCGCAUCAGCUUCCUCGAGCUUUACAACGAAGAGAUCAUCGACCUCCUUUCUGGCACUGGUAUCUCCAUCUCCAUUCGCGAAGAGCGUGAUGGCAGGAUCGUCUGGUCUGGUGUGCGAGAAGCCAAAGUCAAAUCUCUGGCCGAGGUAAUGCAGCUGCUCCAAGAAGGUUCGGCUCGAAGGAAGACGUCCGAGACAAAUAUGAACUCGUCAAGUUCUCGAUCUCACGCCAUCUUCUCCUUGACGUUGGUGCAGAAGAGGAUGGCAGGGCCCAUGUCUUCGGCUGUUGCUUCUUCUCGCAGCGAAACACCCACUCGACAACUUCGUAGGCCAUCUUCCAUGAUGGGCAUUUCCAGUGCCGGCAGCGCUCGCUCCCCGACCCCAACCAGCGGCCGCGGUGGAGGGCCGCCCAGCAGCUUUGGUCGCAUGACCCCAUCGCGCCCGACGUCUGUCAUUGGGACACCCACCGGGGCUGACGACUACAUCAUUGUCACCAGCAAAUUCAACAUGGUCGACUUGGCUGGUUCGGAGCGUCUCAAGCGUACCGCUGCUCAAGGCGACCGUAUGAAGGAAGGGAUCAGCAUCAACAGUGGUCUCUUGGCCCUCGGCAAUGUCAUCUCGACCUUGUGCGACCCGGUCAAAGCUCGAGGUCAUAUUCCCUACCGAGACUCGAAGCUUACUAGGAUGCUCCAAGACUCUAUCGGUGGUAAUGCUUUGACUACGAUGAUUGCCUGUGUUUCUCCCAUCGAGGCCAACAUCGGUGAGACUCUCAACACCAUCAAGUAUGCUUCCCGUGCUCGAAACAUUCGUAACCAAACCAAAGUCAACGCUGUUGAAGCUGGCUGGGACGAUGUCGAACAUCUCCAAACUACCGUGCUCAAGCUCAGAAAGCAAAUCUCAAUGCUCGAGAGUGACAGCAAGGGAAGUGCUUCCGAAGGAAACUCGAAGCACAGCGAGAAGCUUAUCCAAAGGCUCGCCGAGCUUCAACGAGAACACACCGAGCUAUACGAUCGUUAUCUUGCCAAGUGCAGCGACAAUAUGCGUCUUGGGAGUGAGCUACGUAACCGGGGCCCUGGUGACGGUGAUGCGCUGUCAAAGUUCAACGAGACUGUUGAGCCAGUCAUCCUCGAAUACGAAAAGGUCGUCUCUGCCCUGAAUCAGCAGCUUGACGAGCUUCGCGGCGAGAUUGUCAUAAUGAAUGAUCUGUCCGAGGAACACAACCGUCAACUCGAAGAAGCUCGAGAACGCCAACUGCAAUCCGAAUCCUACGUCACCGAGCUACGCAGUCGUCUUACCAAGUUGACCGAGCGAAACACCUCCAGCGAGGCCUAUAUCCAAGACCUCGAAGCCAAGCUCAAGAUGUACGCCGACAAGGAAGAGUCUCAUGCCGACGCCGUUGCCGAGCUCAAGAAGGACAUUUCCAAGCUUCGCGAGGAUAAUGCGUCUUCCGUCUCCAAUGCUCAAGAGCUUGAGGCCAAGCUGUCCAAGUCGGAGGCUGCCUCUAGCAAGCUUGUUGCUCAAGUGGAAAAGCAGGAAGAGGGCGCGCAAGUCCGAGAGUCGGCUUACCGAGAGCUCGAGGCUCAUAUCGUCCGCUUGGAAGCCCAAUCCCUCGAGGACAGCAAGCGAUUGCUCGGGGAGCUUUCUGACCGAGAUGACAAGAUCCUGGAGCUCGAGGAGGAGCUUGAAAAGCAGAGGCUCGACGGAAGCAGAGAGAAGGAGUUGUUGGAGGCCGUCAACGCCGAAAAAGCUGCCCAGCAAGAACUGCGUUCCAGACUUGCAUCUAUGCAAAAGUCUGCUAGCGGCGUUGUAACUCCCCCUUCGGAAGGCUCGACACCCGCCGGCUCUGUCAUCAAAAACUCGGCCGCGAGCUCGAACGGUGGCGAAGGAGAACCGAUCGGUGAACUGGAGCAACUUCGUGCCGCUUUCGAAAAGCUCGCGGCUGAACACGCCAAAUCGGAAUCUCACAUCGCCGACUUGACCUCCCAGCUUCCGGAAGCCAAACUCGUCCAAGGCGAAAUGGAGGACACAAUGCCAUUGUCUCCCUCGUCGCCUACUAUCGACCAUGACUCUCAUUCUGAUGAUGAGCUGGAAGAGGUCGCUACGCCAGUGGACGACCUUUCCACACCAGCCAGAUCGGCGCCUGGUAGCAGUCCCACCAAACGUCGGACUUCUAGCGCUUCCAUGCGCCGUUCAUCGCUGCCCUUAUUGAACAAUGGUGUGGCUGUCAAAACGGGUUUUCGCGGAGGGAGGGGAUAUUCAGACUCGACAAGGAUCAGGCCGCAAUCGCUUUCGCAGGAGCUCUCCUCUGCGCAGUCCUCGGUUUCAUCGCCGCGCGCUACGUGGAGGGACCCGAAUACUGAAAAGCUUCUUUCUUCGCCCAGUAUGGUACCCAAGCCUUCUUCCAAGUCUUUACAGUCUUUGGAAGCAGAAUUGAGGUUUGUGCAUGGUAUCGUGGACGAACGAGACGAAGAACUUAGAGAUCGCGAGGCCUAUAUCCGACAAUUAGAAGAGCAACUGGAGUUAUCCAAAACGCACGAUAUUCUCUCCCGCAAAAACCGUGCAAACCCCAUAGAUGUCACCACAUCGGAAAUCAAAUCGAUAGAUACAGAAUUUGUAGAGCUACCGCGAACACCAGAAACCCCUGGAAUUCAGCUUCAGCCUUCAGACUUUCCUCUUCCGCCAAGUCCUGCCCCGAUGACUCCUUUCAAGUCGCUCAAAGUGGAAGCGGGAGGCCAGGACGGAGACGACGAGGGGCUGAAGCCGCCCCCAGAUGACGGAGAGAACGGAGGUCUGAGUCCGAGAAGUGUCAAGAGGUUCAGCCAAUUGGCGGAGUCUCUGAGUAGGUUGGAGAGUAAAGAAGGCUCCAAUGAGCAAGACAUGAUACAAGAACUGAUGAGAGAGAUGGCCGAGAAAGAAGCCAGUCAGAGGAGGAUCAUUGAGCAACAAUUCAUACAGAUUGCGGAUCUGCAAAAAUCCAACAACAAGUUGAAGGAAGAGUUGAUCGGAGUUGAACCUCAACUGUCUUCAAUCCAGAAACUCCGCUCGGAACGCGACCUGUUAACCGCCGAGCAAGCUGCCACUUCACCUUUACCCUCCCCGGUCCCAUCGCCGAGCAGGUCCAUCCACUCUCUCGCGAGCAGUGCUGCCCUCGAUCGCCUUCAGGAGGAGCACUCGGAAGACCUGCAGUCUCUAAUCACUGGCCAUUCUCAGACCAUCAAGGUGAUUCAGCAAGAGCACCAGGACGAGAUUGCCAAGCUGCAAGCCAUCAUCGAGAAGAAUGAAGCCGUGAUUGAGGAGUGGGCAGCCAAGGUAGAAGGACUGAAACUCGAGCAUCACGGUGCUCAGACCGCUCAAAGGCUUGAUCAGGAGGCGAAAGAAGCUGCCCACCAGAAGCAGCUCGACUGGCUCAAAGCAGACCACGCUGAGAUUCUUGCAUCUCUCAAGGAUGCCCACGCUCGUGCGCUGCAAGAUCUCCAGUCGGAACAAGACCUCAUUGCCCAGGAGAUGGAGUCUUCCUUGUCUUCUUCCGAAGAGCAGCGUCGUCAACUCAAGAUGAAGGCCGACCAAGCUCUGUUUGAGCUCUCCCGAGUCCGAGACGAGCAUUCCCUGCAGCGGAACGGGGAUGCCAAGCAGAUAUCCGAGCUUACCAAGGCCAACGCUCAGCUUGAAAAGGUCAAGACCGAGCUGGAGCAUGCCACUGCCGAGCUCAAGACUCAGUGUGCCGACUUGAAGCACCAAAUUGGCGAGCUGAAGAGCCAGAAUGGUGAUCUCAAAGUCCAGAGUGGGGAGCUCAGCAAGCGCGCCUCCGAGCUGGAGCAGAGGUUUAGUCGAAAGUUUGUCCCACCGCCCCAGGUCCCACCACCUACUACCGCGCUGCCCCCUCUUCCUCGAAGCCCUUCCGGACACGGCAAUAGACUCGGCUCGGACGGUGCUAGUAUCACUCCUUCCAUGCCCCAGAUCGGCGAAACGGUGGGUCAGGGCAGGAGGCAGAGUGAAUCUUCUACAGGCCACUCUGAUGGAACGGGCGAAGGCGGGAACCAGGCGGCACUGUAUAGUGCUUUGGCGGAGAGAGACGGGUUGAGGGACGCUCUGGCCAAGGACAAGGAGAGGAUCAAGGAGAUUGCGAGUGCUAUUUGUUUGUGGCAGGAGCGCAAGUUGCAAGAAGAAAAGGUCAAGAUCAGCAACCUUACGGUAGAUCUCCGUGAAGCUCAAAAACAGGCCAACACUAUCCGAUCGCACCUUGACGAGGCCCGCCAAGAGAACAAACGUUCCGCGCUAUCGUGCCGCGAGCACACGUCCGAGCUUGAAGCGCGUCGAGAGCAGAUGGCCAAGUUGGCGGACCAGGAGCGCAAUCACCGCGAGUCGUUGCAGGCGGCUCAGGCGCAGGUGGCCAGUCUCAAAUUACAGCUUGAGAGGGCGGUGGAGACCAAGGUGCAGAAGCGGGGAUUUAUGUGUUUCUAG